AACCUUCGACGUUUGACCUAAUUUUGUUCGUAUGAUAAUUUAUUUGGAGUAUUCUGGGUAAACGUCCCUGUUUUUUUAUGUAAGUCUUGUACAUUUGAUUCUUGAAAAAUUAAGGAAGGAAGAGAAAGAGCGAUGGAAAAGAAGAUGGUCCAAUCCGUGUGCUUUUUUUUCCCUCCCCUUCUUUCUGGGUUUAGUAAUGAGCUGACCCAAAUUAUGGAGAGAGAAUAUCAAGAGGAGAGGAAAAAAAGUUUCCUAAAAAGAAGAUCUUUUUCACAUUUUAGUGGAUAAUAUGAUCAGAAGCCUUAUCCAAUUUUGACUUUUGGUUGUCAAAUUGCAACUUAGUGUCGUAAUUCAAUAACCAAUGUCGUAAAGGUAGUGGGCACCAAAUUUAUAGUAUUAACAGCUACGUACCUUGUUUGCACCUUGAAAUUUAUUUUCUUUUCAAAUGUCUGGAAUGUAUAUUCCCCGUUUGACUUCAUCCAAAACCAAAGUUGAUGUUACAAAUAACGGAAUUCAUACUUCACAUUUAGAAUUUAAAGAAAAAUCUGAAUUAUAGAAUUAUCAUCAUAGUGGUGGUAGAUUUUUAGGUGAAAAUUUGAGCAAACUCAGGAGCUAUGGCUGACUAGUGAUUGCUGCAUAUCAGAAUAUGGUUGAAAGUGUUAUGGAGUUAUUAGAGUGGAGAUUUUUGUAACAAACGUAUAAAUUAGAUCAUGCCACGGUUAAUAUCUUUUGUAUCAUUUUUGUAUUGGCAAUAUUGAAAGGGAAUUAUGUGCUGUUGUUCGGUCUGAACUAACAAAUUAUGGGUUCCUGUUUUGCGCAUAUGAGAUGUAAAACAAUGAAUUUGUUGUACAUUUUGCAUUAUGCUGAAGCAUAGUUUUGAAGUUUUGAACAAAGUAGUCGGUGCAUUAACCCUAAUGCUUGUUUAUGAUGAGGAUUUGAGUGUCUCAAUUUUGUUGACAAUGAAAAAUUCAAUUGACAAGCUUCAAACACUAGCUGGCAUUCAUGGGAAUAAUGCAGACAGUGUUAUUUAAACCUUUAUGAGUAUCCGUUUAUCACCACUUCUGUUUCAUGUCUCUCUAUCUUAUUUUUUUCCAAAAAGCAGUGAUGAGAUAGAAAAUCAAUUGAAUCCUCAGUUGAUGAAACUAAUCUUUUGGGACGAAAAAGUUCAUCAUUUUGGUUUGACGUGAUGAUCUUGAUUUACAGUCUAGCAUUUGAUAGAACUCAAAUUCAUUGGCAAUUGUGAACUUGUGAGCAAAAUAAUUCUGUAUAAACAUCGAAUGGACCAAUAACAAGUGGCUUGCAGUCUUGCUAUGCAUUUUGCUGAUUGUUCACCUUCUCAUGAAACAUUGACCCAUGGAUCCUGAAAGCAAGAAGUUUGAAAGAGGACCUAGAGAGUUGACUGGUGCUGUUGAUCUUAUAAGUCAUUACAAGUUGUUGCCUCACCAUGAGUUCUUCUGCAAGCGAUCACUUCCUCUGUCAAUUUCCGACACUCAUUAUCUUCACACUGUGGUUGGCGACACCGAAAUCAGAAAAGGAGAAGGCAUGCAAUUGGAUCAGCUCAUCCAGAAUACUUCCUAUUCUAGAGAUAGCAAUUCGCGCAUACAGCCAUUUGACCUAGAUGUGCUCAGAGAGGCCUUCCAAUUUAAGGAAACCACUCCUGUAGAUUUGCCUCCUGCAGAGAAGGGGACUCCUACAAUUGCAGCAAAAUCAAAAAGUGAGUCCAAAGACAAGGAAAGGAAGCAUAAAAAGCACAAAGAUAAAGAUAAGGAGAAGGAUAAGGAGCAUAAGAAGCACAAACACCGUCAUAAAGAUAAAGAUCGAAGUAAAGAUAAAGAUAAGGAGAAGAAGAAGGAUAGGAGUGGACAUCACGAUUCUGGUGGUGAUCACUCUAAGAAACACCAUGAGAAGAAAAGAAAGCAUGAUGGAGAUGAGUAUAUUAAUGACGUCCACAAGCACAAAAAAAGUAAGCAUAAGAGUUCAAAAAUUGAUGAGAUUGGUGUCAUAAAAGUAGCUGGCUGAAGUGGUUGGCGUAAUAUCGUUCAUUUGCUGUUUGAGUUGUUGUUGACAGUGGAAGUUUUACUUUGAGGCAACAAAUUGUUUGAGAGUAGGUUCUGAACUGACUGAAAAAUUGUGAAGAUGGUGAAUUCACCUGACACGGGAAAAUUUGGAUGCAGAAUGAACUUUGUAUCAUAACAACAAUAUAGUUGCUGAUAACAGGCUAAACUUCAAUCCUUUCUUCUGGGUUUAUAUGGAUAUUUUGGCAUGUACACGUAAUCGCAAUCUUUCAACCAUUUUGGAGUAGUCCUAAAGCCUAGUCCCAUAAUUAGCUUCAAAUCUUUCAACCAUUUUGGAGUAGUCCUAAAGCCUAGUCCCAUAAUUAGCUUCAACUAGAAUCAUCACUAGUGUUGAGUAGCAGGAAGAUCAGGUUUGAGAAAGAGGAUUUUGUAAAUUAAUUCCUUUCUGCCUCGUUAUUGUGGCAAUGACCAACAUAAAAUUAGUUCCUAAAAAGGUAGGUCCUGUGUUUUUGUUCUCAUUUGAAUGGUCAACUUAAUGUGAAAAUCAUUGUAAAGUUUUUCUUCUUUGAGUACAGAACAAAGAAAUUGUUAGGUC